AUACGUACACAAUUUUAACUACUCACAUAUGCAGCGCAAUCAGAUCAAUAAAGCAAAAAGCAGUCCCCAGGUAGUCUAGCCACGUCCUAGGCACUCGGGUUCUGAACUUCCAUGCGGUAACUUGUGCGCCGUGCUUUAUCCGUGAUAAAUUAAAUAUAUCCAAGUCUCAUUGCGGAUGGACUAAGCGAACAAACGUGUGCCGGUACAUCCGAUUCGUGUGAAUGAAUACAGUGUAAAAACAAACUAUUUGUGAAUUGGAAGUGGUGAUGAUGAAGACCCGGGCAGUUCUGGAGGUGCAGUAGGUAUAUCAUUUGAGCAAGUCAACUGUACAUUCUACAAGAGCGACCAUGGAUCAUUCUUUAUACGACGAUUUAGAUUUCAGUCCACCCAAUAAUUUGCCCCAGGAAUCGAAGCUGGCGACGUAUAUGAACCGGUCAGCCACAACUCCUAACAGGAACCAGGGCCCACUAAGCCAGACUUCACAUGGCCAAACACCUAUCGGCCAGCCUCCACAUGGCCAGCCUAUUAUUGGUCAAGGUCAUAUGAGCCAAAGUCAUCUCAGCCAAGGUCAAUUGGGUCAAGGUCAUCUCGGCCAAGGCCUAUUAAGCCAAGCACAAAUAGUUCAAGCGCAAUUAAGCCAGACUCAACUGGGCCAAGGCCAUUUGGGCCAAGGUCUUCUCGCCCAAAGUCAAUUGGGUCCAGGUCAUCUCAGCCAAAGUCAAUUGGGCCAAGCUCACCUUGGCCAAGGACUCUUGGGUCUCGGUCACCUUGGCCAAGGACAACUGGGCCAAACUCAUCUUGCCCAAGGACAAUUGAGCCAAACUCUCGGACAGGGACAACUUGGACAAGCUCAUCUUUCCCAAGGACAACUGGGUCACGCUCUUCUCGCUCAAGGACAGCUCGGUCAACCUCAUCUCGGACAAGGACAACUGGGACAAGGACAACUGGGACAAGGACAACUGGGACAAGGACAUAUCGGACAAGGUCAACUAGGACAAGGACAUAUCGGACAAGGACAACUGGGUCAGGGUCAUAUCGGCCAAGGACAACUAGGUCAAGGUCAUAUAGGGCAAGGACAACUGGGUCAGGGUCAUAUCGGACAAGGACAACUUGGGCAAGCUCAUCUCGGACAAGGACAACUUGGCCAACCCCAUCUCGGACAAGGACAACUCGGUCAUGCUUCUCUCGGCCAGGCACAUCUCGGUCAUAUCCAUCUGCCCCAAGGUCAUCUCGGCCAAGGACAAUUGAGCCCGACGCAAUUGAGUCCAGCACAGCUGAGCCAAGCCAUGGGUAAUCUCAGCCUUGAUGCACCACCGCCGACAGCAAUUAACAAGCCUGUUAUGCUGCCACCAGCGGCACUGCUCAGCCACCCGCCGCCCGCUCAGAUAAUGAAAGAGAUUCCGCCGCCUCCGUUGUAUCAGCAGGUCAUUAUAGGAGAAUACAUGCCGAUCAACUUCUACGCUCCUUCCAACUUGAUCUCGGAGUCUGCAGAGUCUCUCAGCCAGAUAAACUUGCCACCCAUUGUACCCCCACCACAAGUGCAUCAGGAAAAUGUCGGUGGCACCACAUACUUCUUUACAAAUGAAAUUGGCGGAGGGCACGGCUCAGGCAGCGGAAUGGGUUCGGAGCCUUGCUUGGGCGUGGCGUCGACGUCGGGCUACGGGCAGCAAAUGUACCCGCCACCCCAUUUGCCCUCCCACUUGCCCUCCGCGCAGUCCAGGCCAGGACUGUCGCGUACGCCAUACUACAGCCGCAGUGGCAAGAUGAACAAAGAUGUCUACCGUCGUAACGACGAAAUGUAUUACAUACAGCCAUCGCUGUUCACAGAAUUCCCGACGGAAAUCGGCGAUUACGUAGAGCUGGCCCCGCUUGAUAGCGAGCACCAGCCGCGCACGGCGUUCUCGGCCAAGCUCCGGAAUACCGCCUCCACGUUCGCGUUACGGCGGAUCCCGCUCACCAACGGGGCGGAGCUCCCGGCGAGCCUUGAGGUCUGGACACAAAUCAAUCAUCCCAACAUCGUGCGCUUCUUCAAGGCGUUUGUGACUGACGCAUUCGGGGACGAAUCUGCCAUCUUGGUAUAUGAGCACCACCUCGCGUGCUUGACGUUGCUGAAGAAGUACAUUCUGUCGGGUAGUUCCGGCUAUGCUGCAGAAGCCAGUGCCCGCUACACUUUCUCUGCGGACCCGGACGCCCCGAGACCGUAUACGCAUCAGCAAAACACGCAGCGCACGGAGAACGCAGACUUUCACAUUCCUGAAUUAGAACUUUGGCCCAUCUUGAUUCAAAUCUCUGGUGCAUUGCGCGAAAUACACAACGCCGGCCUCGCUUGCAGGAACUUGGACGUAACCAAGGUUGUGGUGACCGGAAAUCGCUCGCGCAUCUCAUGGGGUGGCAUGGGAGAACUUCUUGAUGAUACACACAUCGUUCAGGCUCAACAGGAAGACCUGACCGCGUUGGGCCUCCUGGCUCUGUCGCUGGCCUGCCGCACCACCGAGGUCGAUGACAUUGACGCCUGCUUGGACUAUGUGAAACGGGUGUAUUCAAAGGAUUUCACUCGUGUCGCAAUGUAUUUGCUGUCGUCAUCGAUCCGUUCAAUUUCGGACCUGAUGCCCAUGAUUGGAGGUCGAUUCUAUAACAAGGUGGAGGACCUAGAGCGCCGCGCGGACGCUCUCGAAGAGCAGCUCGCGAGAGAGCUAGACAAUGGCCGCCACCUCCGGACGCUGGUGAAGCUGGGAUCUGUGAACGAGAGGCCCGAGCUAAACCUGGAUACGGCAUGGGCAGAAACAGGGAACCGUUAUAUGUUAAAGCUGUUCCGGGAUUAUCUGUUCCACAGCGUCACCCCGGACGGCCGCCCAUGGCUAGACCAAGGACAUCUCGCCCACGCGCUAAACAACCUAGACAGCGGAACUCAUACGAAGGUGAUGCUGAUGUCUCGAGACGAACAAAGUUUACUCGUAGUCACCUUUGCCGAGCUCAAACACUGCCUGGAGCAAGCGUUCGAAGAGCUACUCCAAGCUGCAGUUACAUCUCCGUAGUGCCGCUCUGCUUGCUGCAGUGCCCCACCACCGUGAACCGCCCGCUGUAUGCGCGGGGGCCCGACGACGCAUAGGGGUUGCACAAGAUCAUCUUCCUCUAUCUGAUUUACAUCU